AGCUCUCCAUGAAAUCUGGGGGUCUCUAACAGAGAUAAGCUCUCACUAGAUACACAUCGAGGACUUUCCAACAUGGCGUAGCCCUGUCUGCUUGGAUGUAGUGCUUUCGUGUGUGUGUGUGUGUGUGUGUGGUCACGAUUUAUUUGAAACAUUCAUUUCAUCAAAGCGACACCACACGUGGAGUCCUUUAACACAGAAGUGAAGGGAGGAUGGGGUCAGGUGAACCGCUGCACACCCUUCCAGUGGACAAAGGAUGGGCAUGGGUCAUUUGUUUCGGUGAGUAUGACUUAAAAUUUUUUUAAAAAAAAUUGAUAAAAAAAUAUGGAUUUUAUUUUCAGUUAGUGUAGCAGUUCUCUACCUGGGGGAUCGUACGACCCUUAAACAGGGGUCGCCUUAGACCAGUGGUUCUCAACCUUCCUAGUGCCGCGACCCUUUAAUACAGUUCCUCAUGUUGUGGCGACCCCUAAUCACAAAAUUAUUUUCGUUGAUACUUUAUAACUGUAGAGUAUAAGUGUUUUCAGAUGGUCUUAGGCGACCCUGGAAAAGGGUCGUGCGAUCCCCAAAGGGGUCGCAACCCACAGGUUGAGAACCGCUGCCUUAGACCAUCAGAAAAACACAUACUUAUGAAGUGGAAACGAAAAUAAUUUUAUGGUUGAGGGUCUCCACCACACGAUGAGGAACUGUAUGACAGGAGAAUUCGAUGGCAUUAGUACACACGGCAGGCCCACAAAUGAAAUGGCAUUGUUGCUUUGUCCCGAACAAACGAACCCUUUGAUUCAGGCCCAAAAGAAAUCUGGGGCCAAUUGAAAAGUCCCAUUGUGAAACCUCGUCUGCUUUUUUUAAAAAAAAAUUGACAUGAAUGAUGAGCCGGUCACGUGAUCUUAUUAGUUUACAACUGUACAUUCGUUGUGUCCAGCUAUCGACAAUCUUAUUUUACGCCGAAUCCAGCAACCAACUCUGGCGCAUCUUGGUAACAAAAGAAAGAAGAAGAAAAGAGUCAUAUAUAUAAUAUAUAUAUAGGUCAUGAUGUCAGAAAGUGAUUCCAUUUACUUUUCAGGGGUUCGAACAGAUGCACUGUCCUCUCAAAUGAAACUCUAGAAUAUAAAAAGAUAGACAUUUUAUUAAAAAAAAUUUUUUGUUUAAAUUCAUAGAUCAAAAAGUAAGUUACAUAUUUAAUGUCAUAUCCGGAAAUUUGAUCGAAAGGGAAUUUGGUCGCAUCUUCUUUUCAGUUUUUACGUUAAGAUUUUGCUUCAAAUUUCUUUAUGAACCCCUUUUUUUUUGUUUUACUAUGAAGUAUUGUACGUUCAAAAAGAAAUUUGACGAAAAUUUAAAGCGUGAACUGAAAAAAAAGAUUCGACCAAAUUGCCGUUCGAUUAAAUUUCCGUCGAUCAAUUUACCAUCGACGAAAUUUAUUUCGAUUAAAUUUCCGGCAACCAUUUAGUUUGUGUAUAAUGUACAUACAUGUAAUCUUAUCGUUCCCCUCUUGGGUCCGACGAUGCCUAAAUUGUAUUUCCCGAAUUCCUUUGUUUUAUUUUUUUUUUCUUGCGACAGCUGGGUUCCUGGUUCAUAUCAUAUUCGGCAGUUCCGGUCAGACCAACACGGUGAUGCUGGGAGAGUUGAUAGAGAAGUAUGACACGACCAUCACCACGAUAUCACUGAUGUUCACAUUCGGCAUUAGCACCUUCAGCCUCUUCUUUCAGUAUGGAGCGGGGUGGGGGGGGGGGGGCGGUGCAGGAAGGGUGAUGUUGGGGUUGUCUACCUGGUUUGAAGUUAUUAUAACUUUUUUUACACAAGGGGCCGUAAUUUCGACCAACGGCACUUUUUUUUUGAAAGAAGGAACGUGAAAAAAUUAUUGGCCCACCCCAGGUGGCACUAACCCUAGUUACGCCGCUGCGGGUACUAAAGACGAGAUAGAAGUGCACAUUCGGGCGGUGUAUAUCCAGGUGUGUAAUUAAGAGGAGGAGUAUAAACCUAGCAUUUAUCUAAAACAACAACUAAGUAAUGAACCCUAUCACAAGGGGAACCUUACUUUUAUCUUUAGAGUUGACACUUGAAAAGAUCCAUGACGCAAAAAAUAUAUAUAUCUUUAAAUGUGUCAGUUACUACUCCCCACCUCUGAUUAGAGCUUAAGUUUGGUUUUAGUUACUCCUCCGUUAGUAUUUAAGUUUAGCUUGAUUUAUUUUUUUGCGAUUGAAACACAAGACCAUAACUUAUUACCGAUUACUCCCCACCACCCAGCCACACACCCCACUCCCCCAUUUUAUUUUUCUCCAUAAAGCCACUCUAGGGACUAACACAUUUAAGAAAGUUAAAUUUAAAAUAAAAUUUAAAAAAAAAAAAAAAUCAUUAUAAAGAUAAUAAUAACAAAUGGAACAGAUUAAUGACACACUGUAACACACUUUUCGGAUACACGUUUUCUCCUCAGAGCCAAGCGACUGAGAAUUGCAACUAUUUUAUAACCGUAAAUUUGAAAGGAAAGAAGACGCGUGAUGGUCAUAAAUAUAUUCUUGUUCAUCUUUCCCUUCCUGACGUUCUAGCCGUGAUAUCUGCUACGUUCAUCCUGCCGAAGAUAGGAGAGAAGAAGUGCGUGAUCAUCGGAGGUAUCCUGGCCUCAAUAUCUUCUAUAGGUCAAGGCCUGUCACCACAUGUGGCCGGCAUCAUAGCCAUGGAAGCGGUCAGGGGUAAGUUGGAGAAGAUUUAGCUUGUUUUUUUUUUGUUGCUCCCGGCAAUUUGAUGGAGUUCUAAAAUACCUGGCAACACAUGGUGAUGAGACCUAAACCCUUUUGCCAUGCGUUUAAAUAAGUGCAAUGAUACAUAUAUUAUACGUGCGAUAAUACAUAUCUAAGUCAUAAGUGCAAUAAUACAUGUAUACGUGCAAUAAUACAUAUCUACGUGCAAUAAUACAUAUCUACGUGCAAUAAUUCACAUAUACGUGCAAUAAUACAUGUACACGUGCAAUAAUUCACAUAUACGUGCAAUAAUACAUGUACACGUGCAAUAAUUCACAUAUACGUGCAAUAAUACAUAUCUACGUGCAAUAAUUCACAUAUACGUGCAAUAAUACAUGUACACGUGCAAUAAUUCACAUAUACGUGCAAUAAUACAUAUGUACGUGCAAUAAUUCACAUAUACGUGCAAUAAUACAUAUACACGUGCAAUAUGUUGUUCGUCCGUCGAAGUCGACAAGGACCAUCGAAUUCAUCCGGUUAGGGGCGGGCGGGGAGGGAGGGGGGGAGGCUUGGGAUUACGGUGAGCUCUUAGGUGGCUUGUUAGAUCGAUCCUUGCUUGGAAAUCUAUGACACCGUGGGCAUGGAAUAGUUGCAAUAUAACAGUGUAGUGGCAAUAAACGUUUCAUAUCAUUUGUAGAAUAAUAUUUUCUUGGAGCGUAGAUCAAUCAACUUGUUCCUAAUUUGAUGAUCAUGACAACGUUGAAACUAUGAUCUGGCAGCACCAUCAACAUGUCCCUUCAUUUUCUAGGGUAUCAACUUAAACACGAGCAAAGAUCAACAAUAAAUUAGUAAGACGUUUCUAUGUGCAUACCCCACCAGAGGUCCAGCAGUGUCCUUUAGAAAGGUUGCCAUUAGCCAUAAAACACAACACUCUAAAUGUACAUCUGUCUAGUUCUACCGCCAAAAACCCCAAUUAAGUGUAAAAAAAAAAAAUAAGGGGGAAUCCAUUACAUAUCUUCUUGUGCUCACUGACUCCAGGGACUGCUCACGGCAUCAUCUUUGUGCCGGCCAUGUGUCUGACCCGCCAGUACUUCAAGAGGCUGAGGUCCACCGCCAGCGUCAUCGUCUUCUGCGGCGGUUGUGUGGCGGCCAUCGUAGCGCCUUUCAUCAUCCGCCAGGUCAGGAAAGAGUACGGAAUAACGGGGACCUACUUGCUGCUGAGCGCCAUGGAGCUGCACUUCGUGGUGGCCGGACUCCUGCUCAGACCAGUCACUGCUUACAGGUAACACAGCCUGCGCCCGUCGCAUUAGUUGCUGGGUUUCUGUUACCCUUUGAAAAUUGUUUUAUGAAGAAAUAAUGUACUAACAAAUAAAUAAGAAAAGUAAAUAGUACAUGCAGGGGCGUGGCUAACAUAUUUCUCCCCCCCCCCACACUUUGCUAAAACUCUCUGUAGUCUGCCGAAAUGCUGGCCCUCAAUAUAUAGCCACGUCUAGGGUGGCUUCGCCCGUUUCCACAUUAACAUGUCAAUGUCUUAAAUAUUUAGGCCUAUUAAAUGAAUUUCAAUAAUUUGUUAACCUUAUUUAGAUAGGUCAUUAAUUUGACAUCAAAUUAAUUGUGUUUUAUUUGUCUUUGUUAUUGGAACUAAAACUUAACUUGGUUUUUUUGUAAAUGAGGCCAGAUAAGACUUGCGAAAAAAACAACAAUUGUGAUAAAAAUUAUCAAUUCACAUCACUAAUUCGAGAAUAUUAAAAUAUUUUUAAAAUCUGAUCUAAUUUAUGGACAACCUUUAUAGAUAUGAACUUCUUUUACACAAGAACUUUCGUAGAAAAUAAAUUAUAUUUAUUUAGCCGAAUUUGAACUUUUAAACAAGAGACAUGUUCAACUCUCUUGCCAUAUUUCCCAUUCUCUUAUCUUCUCACUUCCAUGCGUAUACUUGUUCCAUAGAAAUGUUACGCCUUCUUUAACAUUGGAGGUACUGGGAACCUCAGCAACAGUCCCAGACGCCGAGACGACAGUAGAUGAAGACGUCGAGACGGGCGAAGUGAAAGAGACACCUCUGUUGAGCGUUUCCACUGGGAACAUCAACGGACUCACCAAGGCGGUCAAGGUCGCUGACCGCGGUCAAACAAAUGGGGUGAACAACGGGGUCGCGGACGCUGAGGUCAAGGAGAGAUUGCUGAGGUCCACUAGCAUUGAGGAUCCGAUGGCACUACGUCCGAGGUUAUUCAGUAGAGGGAUGUCCGUGGACUCGACAGGGGGCUACAGAAGUGAAAGGUGAGAACACGCGUGUUGUAACGUCCAACAAAUGGCAUGGCGUAACUCCUCGGUUCACGGCUCGGAGAAUUCAACAUAGUUAGAUGGUAGCAUUCCCAAUAAAAAAUCAGAACGAAACUCAAUAUUUAUCUGAAAAUGUAUAUAAAAUAUUAAUGAAACGGGCCAAGGCCAUAAGUUCAAACAAUAAAGAUGCCCUAAUCCAGGGAAUCCCAAACUUUUCUUUAAUCUGAACCCCAUUGUAGUUUUUUUGACUAAUACUUACACCCACUACAAAAUGAAUACCCCAGAUUUUGAGAUUAUGUCCCACACUAUAAGUGUCAUUGGAGUAAAAAGGAGCUAUACUGAGGACAGUAGACAACAGUAGCCUCUAUAGUAGUCUUAAAGCUUAUAGAAACUUCAGCGACUUUUUGUUUCCUCUCUACCCCAGCACGUUGCAUCAAUGUAGUGAAUAAAUAUGUAUUUAUAAUUUCUGUUUGCAAUUAAUUAAAUGUUUUAAUUUAAAGAAUUCGAAGUACAAGAUUACUGCAGAUGGCAUCUCUACUACGUUCUUUCUACCAAUCUAUCACUCCCUGCCUGCGGCUAUGGAAAAAUUGGCAGAAAGGAUUAAAAAAAAAACAAACAAAAAAACUGGUUCUGUGCUCUUCAUUUUAUUUUAAUUUAAUCUGACUGUAUGCAUUGUUGGAUAAUUUGACGGGUCACGGGCUAAAUAAAUGUUUAACAUCGUGAAAUGUGUGUCAUCAUUUGAUAUAUAUAUUUUUUUUUUUCUUCUUGAAAUAUGCCAAUUCGUUUAAAACAAACACUAAAGGAUCAAAGCAAACUUUGGAAGUGUUCUCACACUGACCAGUGAACAUGGGGCAGCUGCAGAGGGGUACAUGGAAACCCAGCCACAGCCAGAUUCAACCGACAAGGGAGGUGCCGGGAAAAGCAGAUUCCAGAAGUUUUAUUCCGAUGCAUCUCUGAAGUAAGUCAAUAGCCAGACUCCGGCAGCCCGAUCCCGAGUGUGUGACAGCCAGACUCCGGCAGCCCGAUCCCGAGUGUGUGACAGCCAGACUCCGGCAGCGCGAUCCCGAGUGUAUAAUGUAUUUGUACCUUCCAAAAACUAGUUUCAUCAGCAAUGGGGGAAAAUACAUACAAUAUAUAUAUUUGUAACGGGGAACAACAAAUUAACGACAAAAAAGUGCACACAAUUUUAUUUUAAAAAUAGUUGUCAGUGAUGAAACACGUGAGAAUACCCUUGAAGAUAUUUUAAAGCAAAUAUAAUAUCAACUAAAGUUAAUGUUUACGGAUACAUUUUUGUCCUGUAUGGAAUAUUAGACCUUUGCUAAACACAUUUGUUGCUUUAAUACUUUCAAUGUUGGUGUGGUCAAGAAGCCAUAGGCUUGCUGAGUUUGAUACCAGGAGGAGAACAUCAAUGAAAGAAAAGGACAUUGUAUUUUUUUGUUUGUUUUGUUUUGCAAGAGUGUAUUUCUACCGAAAAUACAUCUGUUGUUUAUACAAGAACACGCAUCUGUAGUUUACACAAGAACACGCAUCUGUAGUUUAUACAAGAACACACAUCUGUAGUUUACACAAGAACACACACUAUCUGUAGUUUACACAAGAACACACUUCUGUAUUUUAUACAAGAACACGCAUCUGUAGUUUAUACAAGAACACGCAUCUGUUGUUUACACAAGAACACACAUCUGUAGUUUACACAAGAACACACACUAUCUGUAGUUUACACAAGAACACACUUCUGUAUUUUAUACAAGAACACACAUCUGUAGUUUACACAAGAACACACAUCUGUUGUUUACACAAGAACACACAUCUGUAGUUUACACAAGAACACACACUAUCUGUAAGUUUACACAAGAACACACUUCUGUAUUUUAUACAAGAACACACAUCUGUAGUUUAUACAAGAACACGCAUCUGUUGUUUACACAAGAACACACACUAUCUGUAGUUUAUACAAGAACACACAUCUGUAGUUUAUACUAGAACACACGUAUGUAGUUUAUGCGAAACAAUUCUGUCAGUUUUCUAUCUCUUUAACUUCCUUUCUUGUGUACGUUUCGUAAACAAUGUGUUUCCAUUAGAAUCUGCUUUAUGAAAUGAUGAAUGUUCUCAGCUGAGUGUCUUGAUCAGUAUAAUAUUGUGUUCUGGUUUGACUGCAGCUGCAACAAUCUUGGUGGAGUGGGUAGUUUGCGUUUCUUUAGUAAAAAUUCUGUUAUAACACAUCGUGAGACACAACGUCAUCUCUCUGGGUCAUUCGUCAACAGCUUGUGGGCGUUUCGCCUGGCUCUGGUAGCUGUCAUACCAGGAACCGUCACCGUGUACAUCGCCAUCUACACACCGAUGAUAUUACACUCUCAGGUAAAAUAGUGCAUACAUAUAAUGUUACAAUCUCAGGUAAAAUAGUGCAUACAUAUAAUGUUACGCCCUCAGGUAAAAUAGUGCAUACAUAUAAUGUUACGCUCUCAGGUAAAAUAGUGCAUACAUCUAAUGCUACGCUCUCAGGUAAAAUAGUGCAUACAUCUAAUGUUACGCUGUCAGGUAAAAUAUAACAUAGCUAUAAUAUUACACUCUGAUGUAAAAUACUGCAUACCUUUAAUGUUACAUUAUCAGGUAAUAUAUUCCAUAACUAUAACAUUGCAAUAACAGGUAAAAAAAAUAAUAAAGCUUCAUCAUAUUAAAACUCUUUGUCCCUAAAUGAACAAUGAAAUAUGGCAUUGGCUUUAAGUUAAAAUAAAACAAUUUCAUUCUUUGUUGUUGUUUUUUUAACGUAGUUUGAUGGUUGUUUUUUUUUUUUAAAUUUUUAAAUUUUUUAAAAUUUUAGUAAUGUUUUUAUUCAAAUCAAUUCACAUUUGAUAUGAUUUUUAUUUUCACCGCCAUUGUUGCCUUGACCUCGUAACUUUGUGUAUCUACCAGGGCGCGUCCCUAGAUGAAGUGUCCAUUCUACUGACCAUCGUUGGGACACUUGACCUAAUUAGUCGCCUGUCCAUGGGCUUUCUGGCCGACACCCACAUCCUGUCAGCCACUGUCAUGUUGCUGAUAUCACAAAUAUUUAUUGGCAAGUCCAGAAACAUUUUACUGAUCUAAGAAAAUAUUUCUAUUUGUGACUUCCAUGAAAAAUUACAGAAAUUAGUUAACAGCAAGAAUGAUGGUUACAUUUUUUUUAAAAAUCCUUCACAUAGAAUUAUAUGUAAAAACAAUUCCAUCAUUAAGCAAUAAUUUUUUUCAAUGUUUUAAAUCUAAUUUUGUCUAACAAUAUUCCCAUUGCUUGAUAUUUUGAUUGAGUCCCAGAUAAGGGUAUUUUUUUUCAACAUUACCAAUUAUACACGAUGCCCGUACUACAUUUAAUUUAUUUACUUAUAUAGAAAGUCACUUUUUUUUUUGACGCCAUGAAUUAAUAUUAAAUUUUAAAAAGCAAAGAGAAAAAUAUUCAUCAAAGUUUAAUGGAAAUUUCUAUUGUUAGGUUUAAGAAAUUCAACUGGCCUUCGUACCAAGGUCUUAUGUUUAUGAAAAGCUUCUAGGCAGAAAAGGGGAAUUUUAGUGUACCAAGAGUAUCUGGAUCCUCUGUUUUACAGCUGUGCUAACAUUGCCAGCGGGAUUUGAAAUCCACGAUCUUUCAAAUCAACAAAUAUUUUUUUCAGAGUCGUUUAACGAAACUGUAGGUUUGUGCAGAACUAUGUUCCUCCCAUUUGUAUCGUUGAACCAUGUGUUUGACUUAAAAUACCUCGGUACUCAUAGAGCAUGUUUGCCAUGGACACAUUUCUUACAGGAGUCGUGUGCCAGUUCGUCGGCAUGUUCAACUCAUUUGAAACGUUGAUUCUGCUGUCCGUUUUACUUGGACUGGUCAUCGGGACCAGGAUAUCACUCCUACCUCUGGUGGUCAUCGAGGUGGUUGGGGUCGAGAAGAUGCCCCAGGCGUUCAGCAUCAUCUCCAUGAUAUCCACCAUUACAGCAGCCGGAGUCAAUCCCUUAUUUGGUGAGUGUGCACUCAUUAAAAACCCCGAUUCGAUACUGUUACAUUAGGGAUAUUUAAAAAACAAAAAAAAAACACACACAAUUCGAUACUGUUACAUUACGGACAUUUGAAAAACCAAAUUCGAUACUGUUACAUUACGGACAUUAAAAAAAAUCGAUUCGAUACUGUUACAUUAAGGACAUACAAUAAAAAAAAAACUACAUCAAACAACAAAGUCGAAAUUUCUAAGGGUAUCUAAAAUUAGUUGUACGUUUUAUUUUGGGUCAUGAAAACCAUUUUCUUUUUUAAUUUAGAGAUUAUGUGCACAUUAAAUAACGUAAGUUAUAUAUGUUUGAAAAAUAACACGACAAAUAACUUUGGACCAUAUUAGAGGCUCAAAUAUGUCACAUUCCACAAAUCCAAUUCCACCAAUCACAUUCCACCAAUCACAUUGCACCAAUCACAAUCCACCAACCAAAUUAGAUUAUUAAAAUUACUCGAUCACAAUAAAUCAUUAAAGAUAUAUCAAUUUCAUUUAAUGUCAAAUAUACCAGCGACCAUUGGUCAAUUUAAAAAGUAACACCAUCUAUUCCGUCCUCAAAAUAACAUAAACAUGUAACUUUGCACUCCAUGAAUACUUGUAAAAAACAAAAACACCUCAAUUAGCAGUCCAAUCAUUAUACUUAUUUUAAUUAUUUUUUUUAAUUGCACAAAAAGAUUACAUGAAAAAAUAUUUUCAAGUAAAAAAAUCUAAGACUCUCUUCACCUAAACUACCACUGACCAUACGAUACUAUUUUUUGUGUCAUGUUAUCAUUCCAGGCGCUGUUACAGAAGCCAGUGGCGCCUUCCAUCUGGCAUUACACAUUCUAGGAGGUUUCUUCUGGGCAGGGGCACUACUCUGGGCGUUUGUCCCUUUAAUGAUCAAAGUAGACUUAAAGAAAGGCAGGCGCACGUCCUAGCGGAUAAUUGUCAUUUUUUUAUUAAGGCAGCGGUUCUCAACCUUAGGGUCGCGACACCUUUGGAGGUCGAAUGACCCUUACACAGGGGUCGCCUUAGACCAUUUUAAAACACAUGUUUGUGAAGUAGCAACAAAACUAAUUUUAUGGUUGGGAGUGGGGG